CAGCAAAGCCACUGCCGGGGGGACUUGCGGGGACCUUCUGCUGCACAUCCCUGCCAUCGCUGAGGUUUCUGUUUUAUUUUCCUGGAGGGGAAAGGGGGGAGAACCAAAACCAACAUGGUCUCCCCAUGUCCUCUGUUCCCCUUUUCCACCUUCCCCCUUCUGUCCCCUCAGUAGGAAUCGGCUUUUUCUCACCUUCCUUAGUGCUUUAUUUCUCCUCAGAACCUGACAAGACUCCAGGAAACCAAGAUGGAUUACAGCUCGUUCAGUGGAGUCCCCCGGUUCUUGACUCGGCCUAAGGCAUUUAUGGUGUCUGUGGGGAAAGAUGCCACCUUGAGCUGUCAGAUCGUUGGAAACCCCAUCCCAGUUGUGAGCUGGGAAAAGGAUAAACUUCCAGUACAGUCUGGAGGAAGGUUUAAAACCACAGAAGAUGGCGAUCUCUAUAGGCUAACAAUCUAUGAUCUGAGUCUGGAGGACAGCGGCCAAUACAUCUGCCGGGCCAAGAAUACCAUUGGGGAAGCUUUUGCAGCUGUCAGCAUCAAAGUUGGAGAGGAGACCACAGUAACAGAGUCAGCCCCAUACUUCAUCCAGAAACCUUCCUCCAUCAAAGUAACUUUGGGAGAAGAUGCCAUGUUCAAAUGCAAAGUCCAGGGCAGCCCUCCCCUCUCGGUGAACUGGGAGAAGGAUGGGAGACACCUGCGGAACCAGGCUGAUGCUGGUCGCUUCCAGAUUGAGUCUGCUGGGGAGUCAAAUGCUCUAACCAUCCAGUGUGCCCGGCUUGGGGACAGUGGCACCUAUACCUGCCGGGCAGAGAAUCCCAUCGGCUCUGCCAGUGCUUCGGCUGCACUGGUGGUGGAAAUGCAAGGCUCUUCCAACCCAGGCAGCAGACACUUUGAUACCAGCUGUGGCAAGACUGCAUCCUUAUUAUCUCACUUGCAAAAGAGGCGGGAGGAGAUCAGGAAGAUAGAUAUCUCCCAAGGGGCACUUGAUUCAACUUCUGCUCAGUCUUACUCCAAAGUAGAAGGAUUGUCUGGCAUUGGCUAUAGCCUCUCCCGGGAUUAUGAGAGAGCGGCUGGACUUGCCACCAAAGGGACCCGCAAUGCAACAUUUGGGGCAUUGACACGCACAUGCAGCGUGACAGAGGGGAAGCACGCCAAGCUGAGCUGCUAUGUGACGGGUGAGCCUAAGCCAGAGAUUGUGUGGAAGAAGGACAACGAGGUCAUUUUGGAAGGGCGGCGGCAUGUCAUCUACGAGGAUGAUCAGGAGAACUUUGUUCUGAAGAUCCUCUUCUGCAGACAGAUAGACAAUGGGCUGUACACCUGCACAGCCUCCAACCUGGCAGGUCAGACGUACAGCUCUGUGCUUGUCACCGUCAAAGAACCCUCAAUACCUUUCAAGGAAAAACUGAAGGAUCUUGAAGUGAGGGAGAAGGAAUCUGCCACCUUCCAAUGUGAAGUGCCUGUUCCUAGUACUGAGACAGCUUGGUUCAAGGAGGAAACCAAACUCUGUCAGAGCAAGAAAUACAACAUUGAAGAGGAGGGCACAUAUCGCCGGCUCACUGUCCAGAAUGUCACUGCAGAUGACGAUGCUGUAUAUAUCUGUGAGAUGAAAGAAGGGAGCAGGACCAUCGCAGAGUUAUCUGUCCAAGGGAACAUCAUUAAAAAGCUUCCAAGGAAGACUGCGGUCUUCGUAAAUGAUACAGCCAUCUUCUGCGUGGAGCUGGACAAUGAAUGCCAGAACAUCCGAUGGCUGAAAAAUAAGGAAGAAGUGAAACCCAGUGAUCGAAUCUCCAUCACAUGCUCCGGCAAGCAACAUACCAUGAUCAUCCGAGAAUGUAAGAUGGAAGAUGCUGGUGAGAUUGCCUUCCUGGCUGAUGAAAGCAGGACUACUACCCAGUUCACUGUGACCACUCCCAAAAAACCUCCCACCCAACCCCCAGCUGACCCUGUGGUGAAAAAUAAAACAGAAACCUCAGUGACGCUAGCAUGGUCCCCUCCGAAGAUGGACCGCCCCAUUCCAGUUGAUGGCUACAUUGUGGAACGCAAGAAACUAACUGGCUUUACAUGGACGAGGUGCCAUGAGUCCCACGUCCCUGUCCCAGAGUUCACAGUGAGCAACCUGUCAGAAGAGGCUGACUAUCAGUUCAGAGUGUCUGCAGUCAACGCCUACGGACAGAGCCCCUACCUGGAGUUCCCAGGGAGCGUGCACCUUGAACCAGUCCUGGCUGUGAAAACCCCCCUGACAACUGCUGAAGCUGUAGCUGGAGGGGAUGCCCUGUUUACUGUUGACCUUACAAGAACAUGUUCUGGCACUUGGUACCUUAAUGGUAAAGUCUUACAGGAAAGUGAGACCUAUAUCAUUAAGAGAACUCAAACUACUCACACCCUAAUCAUAAAGAACGUCACCAAAACCGAUGAUGGAGCAGAAGUGAAAUUUGUCGCCAAUAACGUUGACACCAGCACCAAGAUCAGAGUGAAAGGUGCUGCAGUGAGAUUUACUAACAAAAGCAGAGAUAUAGAAAAGGUCUCAGCUCGGCUGUGGGAGGAAGCCAAACUUCUGGCUGAGCUUUCAGACACAGAGGCUACAGUGAAGUGGAUGAAGGAUGGGAAAGAGCUCAAGGCCAGUGAAAAAUACGAACUUCAAUCUGUGGGGAAAAAGCACAUCCUGAAAAUCCGCAACACUGCAGCAGAGGAUGCUGGGGUUUAUGAGUGCAUUUGUGAAGGGGAUAAAAUGGUUUAUCAGCUUUCAGUGAAAGCCCUUGCAAACUUCAUAAACAAAGAGAAAACUGGAGGAGUUAUCAGGGCUAUCUCUGGAAAACAGGCUGAAUUUGUUUCCGAGACCUCUGAGGCCAACAUCAUGGUUAAGUGGUACAAAGAUGGCAAAGAAAUCACAGCCAGCAAGAAAUUCACAAUGGAAGAUAAAGGAAAACUGCAUAAGCUUGUGGCUUCAGCUGUGACAAAAGAAGAUGAAGGAACAUACAUGUGCAAAAUUGGAGAUGACACACUUAUUUUUGAUUUAAAAGUCUCAGAUGAAGCUGUUAAUUUUGUCAACAAGCCCAAAACAACUCCAGAAAUAUCAGUCAAACCUUCUGAAAACCUUGAGCUGGUGUGUGAGGUGUCAGCUGCGAGUGGAGCCGUGGUGUGGAAGAGAGAUCAAAUUGAGGUGAAGCAGGACCAGAGGACAGCAGUCAUCUCCCAGGGAACGCACCGCAAGAUCAUCAUCAAGAAGGUGACACAGCAAGACCAAGGGAGCUAUACCUGUGAAACAAAGGAUGACAAAAUGACAUUCCAGGUCAAAGUCAGAGAGACAGAAGACGUGUUUACAAACAAGGACAAGGUACAAAAGGAGGUGAAAACUGCACUUACACAAAAUGCCAUGCUGAGCUGUGAGGUGGCCCAGGAGAAGACUGAUGUGAAAUGGUACAAGGAUGGGAAACUGAUCAUAUCAAGUAAGAAAUUCAAGGUGGAGUCAGAGGGCAAAUCUCGUCGCCUGGUGGUGGGUCAGGUGGAGAAGAAAGAUGCUGGGGAGUACACCUGCGAGGCUGCUGGCCAGAAACUGACAUUCAAGCUUGAUGUUACAGAGGUAGAAGAUGCAUUUGUCAACAAAGAAAAGGUGCAGAAAGAGGUGAAAGUUGCACUAUCAGAAAAUGCCAACCUGAGCUGUGAGGUGGCCCAGGAGAAGACUGAAGUGAAAUGGUACAAGGAGGGGAAACUGAUCACCUCAAGCAAGAAGUUCAAGGUGGAGACAGAGGGAAAAUCUCGUCGCCUGGUUGUGGGUCAGGUGGAGAAGAAAGAUGCUGGGGAAUACACCUGCGAGGCUGCUGGCCAGAAACUGACCUUCAAGAUUGUCAUCACAGAAGCAGAGGAUGCAUUUAUCAACAAGAACAAAGUAAAGAAAGAGAUGAAAGCUGCUCUAUCAGAAAAUGCCACCCUGAGCUGUGAGGUGGCCCAGGAGAAAACUGAUGUGAAAUGGUACAAGGACGGGAAACUUAUCACCACUGACAAGAAGUUCAAGGUGGAAUCAGAAGGCAAAUCUCGUCGCCUAGUGGUGGGUCAGGUGGAGAAGAAAGAUGCUGGGGAAUACACCUGUGAGGCUGCUGGCCAGAAACUCACCUUCAAGCUUGACGUCACAGAAGCAGAGGAUACAUUUAUCAACAAGGACAAAGUGAAGAAAGAGGUAAAAGCUGCUCUAUCAGAAAAUGCCACCUUGAGCUGCGAGGUGGCCCAGGAAAAGACUGAUGUGAAAUGGUACAAGGACGGGAAACUCAUCACCUCAAGCAAGAAGUUCAAGGUGGAGUCGGAGGGCAAAUCUCGUCGCCUGGUUGUGGGUCAGGUGGAGAAGAAAGAUGCUGGGGAAUACACCUGUGAGGCUGCUGGCCAGAAACUCACCUUCAAGCUUGACAUCACAGAUGACAUGUUUGAACACAAAGACAAAGUACAAAAAGAGGUGAAAGCAGUGCUGAAGGAGAAUGCCACACUGAGCUGUGAGGUGGCUCAGGAGAAGACUGAUGUGAAAUGGUACAAGGAUGGAAAGCUUAUCACCUCAAGUAAGAAGUUCAAGGUGGAAUCAGAGGGCAAAUCUCGUCGUCUGGUGGUGGGUCAGGUGGAGAAGAAAGAUGCCGGGGAAUACACCUGUGAGGCUGCUGGCCAGAAACUGACCUUCAAGAUUGAUGUUGUGGAGGCAGAAGAUGCUUUCAUCAACAAGGGCAAGGUGCAGAAAGAGGUAAAAGCUGCACUAUCAGAAAAUGCCACCCUGAGCUGCGAGGUGGCCCAGGAGAAGACUGAAGUGAAAUGGUACAAGGACGGGAAACUCAUCACAACCAGCAAGAAAUUCAAGGUGGAGACAGAGGGCAAAUCUCGUCGCCUGGUGGUGGGUCAGGUGGAGAAGAAAGAUGCUGGGGAAUACACCUGUGAGGCCGCCGGACAGAAACUGACCUUCAAGCUUGAUGUUACAGAACCAGAAGUUAUAUUUACAAACAAGGACAAAGUGAAGAAAGAGGUAAAAGCUGCUCUAUCAGAAAAUGCCACCCUGAGCUGUGAGGUGGCCCAGGAGAAAACUGAUGUGAAAUGGUACAAGGAUGGGAAACUGAUCACCUCAAGCAAGAAGUUCAAGGUGGAAUCAGAGGGCAAAUCUCGUCGCCUGGUGGUGGGUCAGGUGGAGAAGAAAGAUGCUGGGGAAUACACCUGUGAGGCUGCUGGCCAGAAACUGACAUUCAAUAUUGAUGUCAAGGAACCAGAAGUUGUGUUUACAAACAAGGACAAGGUCCAGAAGGAGGUAAAAGCUGCUCUGUCAGAAAAUGCCACCCUGAGCUGUGAGGUGGCCCAGGAGAAGACAGAUGUGAAAUGGUACAAGGACGGGAAACUCAUCACCACCAGCAAGAAAUUCAAGGUGGAGACAGAGGGCAAAUCUCGUCGCCUGGUGGUGGGUCAGGUGGAGAAGAAAGAUGCUGGGGAAUACACCUGCGAGGCCGCCGGACAGAAACUGACCUUCAAACUUGAUGUCACAGAGCCAAAACCUGUAUUUAUAAACCAAGAAAAGGUCCAGAAGGAGGUGAGCGCUGUCCUGACAGAAAGCGCCACCCUCAGCUGUGAGGUAGCACAGGACGCAACCGAAGUGAAAUGGUACAAGGAUGGAAGACUGCUCAUUUCCUCUAGAAAAUUCAAAAUAGAAACUGAGAGAAAAACCCGGCGCCUGGUUAUUGAGCAGCUGGAGAAGAAAGAUGCUGGAGAGUACAUUUGUGAGGCUGCAGGACAGAAGCUGACCUUCAAAUUGGAAGCAAUAGAACCAGAGGCUAAAUUUGUAAAGAAAGUUGUCCAGAAAGAGCCUCUCAUUGUUCAAGAACAUGAAAGCAUCACACUGACUACUUCAGUAACCCCUGAAACUGCUGCAGUGAAGUGGUUCAAGGAUGGAACAGAAAUCAAGGCAAGCAAGAAAUAUGAGAUCAAGAGUGAGGAGGCAUCCAGGACCCUGACAGUGAACGUGGCUGAGAGCACAGACACGGCUGUGUACACUUGCCAGACAAAGAGUGACAAGCAGGAAUUCAAAGUACAAGUGAAAGAAAUCCCCGUGAAGUUUGCCAAAAAACUUGAAGCUGUUAAUGCUGAGAUUGGAGGCAGCGUCUCUUUGACGUGUGAUGUGAGCCAUGCCAAAGGGAAAGUAGUGUGGAGCAAGAAUGGCGUUCAGAUCAAGCCCAGCAAGCGCUUCCAGAUUCAUGAGGAAGGGGCCAAGAGAACACUGACAAUAACGGGGAUCCGGGCUGAGGACGAGGGAGAGUACUCCUGCGAGUCCAGAGAUGACAAGAGCAGUGUUACCAUCACCCCUAAACCUCCUAGAGUGGUGAAAUUCACUACGAGUCUCAACAAUGUGAUAUCUGAAGAAGGAAAAGAGGCUGUGUUCAAAUGUACCGUUUCUCCCAGUGACGCUGUGGUCACUUGGCUCAGGAAUGGUGUCAAGAUUGAAGCCAGCAAGAAGUAUGCGAUCUCUCAGAAGGACACCAACCACAGUCUCACCAUCACUGAUCUGACGUUGGAAGAUGCAGCUGAAAUCUCCGCCAAUGCGGAAGGUGUAGAAAGCACAGCAAAUCUCAGAGUCCGAGAGGCCUCAAUCUCGUUCAAGAAGAAAUUGGAGCCCAGAACAGUUGAAGAGAGGGACACUGUGACCUUGGAGGUAGAGCUGACCAAGCCUGCAGAGGUGAAGUGGAUGAGGAACAGCAUCGUAUUGAAGCCUAGUGAAAAAAUAGAGAUCAAAGCUGAGGGAAUAAAGCAUACGUUGGUGGUUAAGGACAUCUCCUUUACAGACAGGGGCUUCUACUGCUGUGAGAGUCCUGAUGACAAGACCCAAGCUAAAAUCAAUGUGGAAACGAGGCAGAUCAAGCUGGUGAAAGGUCUUCAGCCCCUUGAAGUCUCUGAGAAAGGGACCGUCACCUUUGAGGUGGAGGUGUCGCAUGAGGAUGUGGAAGGGAUCUGGCAGAAGGAUGGCGUUCGGCUGAAGCCUGCACCAAAUAUCAGUUUUCGUGUCCAGGGAAAGAAACAUUCACUAACUCUUUCUUCAGUGACUCUUGAAGAUGCAGGACUCAUCUCCUUCAAAGCAGAUGGCAUUCAUUCAUCAGGAAUGCUAACUGUGACAGAAUUGCCUGUGAGAAUCAGCAAACCUUUGGUAGAUACCACUGUAAGUCAGAAGGACAAGGUCAUAUUUGAGUGUGAGCUGUCCAGGCCCAACGUGGACGUUAAGUGGUUCAAGGAUGGGAAAGAGCUCCGGCAAAGCAAAAAAGUGGGGAUUAUUUCCCAGGGAAAUAAGAGAAGCAUUGUUAUCCACAAGUGUGAAUAUGAAGACCAGGGAACCUAUACAUGUGAGGCAGCUGGAGAUAAGACAUCAGCUACCCUAAAGGUUCAUGCCCGAGAUAUCAAGAUUGUGAAACCACUGGAAGAUUUGGAAGUGAAUGAGUAUGAAAGUGCAUCUUUCGUUUGUGAGAUUUCACAUGAUGAGGUCCAAACCCAGUGGUACAAAAAUGACAACAAGCUGAAGGCCAGCGAUAACAUCAGAAUGCGUCAAGACGGAAGGACCUAUUCGCUGUCUUACGCGCGUGUCCAAGUUGAAGAUGCAGCAGAGAUCAAAUUUGUAGCAGAAAAGGCAGAAUCUCGAGCCCAGCUUACUGUAAAAGAGCUGCCUGUGAAAAUUGUGAAGCCUUUGCGAGAUAAGAUUGCUCUUGAAAAGCAUCGGGGAUUCCUUGAGUGCCAGGUGUCUCGUGCCAAUGCCAAAGUUAGGUGGUACAAAAAGGAUGUUGAAAUUCACCCUAGUAACAAAUACGAGAUUGUGAGCGAUGGUGUCUAUCGGAAACUCAUCAUCAAUGAUGCAGAUUAUGAAGAUGAAGACACGUACACUUGUGAUGCCUUUGAUGACAAAAGCAGUGCUAAUUUCUUUGUUGAAGAGCAAUCCAUUAAUAUUAUAAAGGAGUUGUGUGAUGAAGAUGUGACUGAGCCUGAAGAAGCCAAGUUUGAAUGUGAGAUAUCCAUUCCAUCUGUGAAACCACCCAAAUGGUCUCUACGAGGAGAACUCUUACAGGCUGGCCGAAACAUUAUCAUGCAGCAAGAAGGCACCAUCCACCGGCUAACGAUACUGAAAACCACUACUGAUAUGACAGGCAUCAUUCAGUUCUCCAUUGGAAAAUCAAAAUCCACAGCAAACCUACUUGUCAGAGAUUACCACAUACAGAUCACCAGGAAGAUGGAGGACAAGACAGUUCUGGAGCGCCAUUCAGUCAUCCUGUCCUGUGACUUCAGGCCUUCUCCAAAGGUUGUGAAGUGGUUCAAGGACCACACUCCCAUUGAGCCCUCUGAGAAGUACAAAAUUAAGAGGGAGCAGCAUUCAGCAGAGCUCAAGAUUUUGAAGGUGAAGCCCGAAGAUGCUGGCGUGUACAAGUGCAGAGCUGGAGCUGCAGAGACCGAAGCCACUCUGACAGUUGAAGCUCGCAAUGUAGAAGUACUGAAACACCUGCAGGAUGUGGAAAUUGAAGAAGAGAGUUCUGCUGUCUUCUCCUGUGAGCUGUCUCAUGAUGAUGAGGAUGUGGAAUGGUUCCUCAAUGGCACCCUCCUUUACACCAACAAUGUCAAUGACAUCAGGAAUGUUGGCAAUUGCUACAUGCUGACAAUGAAGCAGGUCAAGCCUGAGGAUGCUGGCACCGUGACAAUGAAGUCAGACAAGGUGUCAGAGACUGUGCAUCUGAAAGUGAUAGAGAAGCCUGCUGUGUUCAUGAAAUCCUUGGAUGAUGUUUUUGGUGAGGAGCGAGGUGUGAUUAAACUGGAAUGUGAAGUCUCCAAAGAGAAGGUCAAACCUAUUUGGAAAAAGGACGGCGUGAAGCUCACUUCUGGUAACAAGUAUGAGCAGAUACAGUCUGGGAAGACCCUGUGCCUCCUUAUCCAUGACCUCGAAAAGACAGACGCAGGUUUAUACACAUGUGAUAUUGGCACUGAUGUUGCCAAAUCAAAGGUCAUUGUUCAGGAACUAAACAUUGGCAUCACCAAACGACUUAAGAAUACUGAAAUCCAAGAGGGAGAAGAUUGCACUUUUGAGUGUAUUUUGUCCCAUGAAAGCAUUGAUGACUUCAACUGGACACUGAAUGGGAAUAAAGUAAAAAGUGGUGGGAGAUUUAAAGCCUCUAACACCGGUCGGAAAUAUACCCUCAAUAUCAAAAGUGUGACUCCUGAUGAUGCUGGGGAAGUAAUUUUCACUGCCCGUGGUUUAACCUCCAAAGCUUCUCUGGUUGUGAAAGAAAAACCUGCUGAGGUUACCAAACAACUGGAGGAUAAAACAUCAGAAGCGGGGCAGGAUAUCAGCCUGAGCUGUGAAUUGUCAAAAUCUGAUGUGACUAUCAGGUGGUAUAAGGAUGGCAAAGCAAUCCGAAAAAGCCAGAAAUAUGACAUACAUCAAGAAGGAACACGGGCCAUUCUGAUCAUCCACAACUCCACAGUCAAAGACAGUGGGGAGUACACCUGUGAGACAGAGGACUUUAAAACAAAAGCCAAGGUCACAGUGCAAGAAAAACCUAAUUAUUUUGUCAAGGAACUUUCAGAUCUAAAGGUUGAUGAAAGUGGAACUGCACUUUUUACGUGCGAGAGUGAGAAACCUGCAUCCUUUGUGGUCUGGAGGAAAGGCAUAGCUGAACUCAGGGCUGGCAGGAAAUACGAGAUGACACAGAAAGGACAAGUCCUGCAGCUGACCAUAAAUAAAUUGGAGAAAAGUGACAGUGACACUUACACCUGUGACAUUGGUGAUGCCCAGUCCAGAGCCAAGCUAGUCGUGCAAGGCCAGAAAGUGCUAAUAACAGAAGACCUGGAAGAUGUCACUGUGUUAGAAGGAGAAUCUGCCAUGUUCAAAUGCAGAAUCUCUCCUAUAGAUUAUAGCAAAGUGCAGUGGUUUUUGGAUAAAACCCCCCUCCAUACCAACGAACUUAAUGAGAUCCAGUCUCAGCCCGGUGGAUAUCACUUGCUAACAUUGAAAAAACUCUCACUGAAGGACUCGGGGGUCAUUACAUUUGAAGCUGGUGAUAAGAAAGCAUCUGCCAGUUUGGUUGUCAAAGAGAAGCCCUGCAUCUUCACAAAGGAGCUGGUUGAUACUGAAGUCACUGAGGGAGAGGAUGUGAUCCUUCACUGUGAAACCUCCAAAUCAGACAGCCCUGUAAAGUGGUGCAAAGAUGGGAAGAGCCUUAGGAAUUCUUCAAAGUAUAACAUCAGCCGGUCUGGAUGUGAAGCCAAGCUUGUCAUUCACAGGGCAGAAGAAAAAGACAGUGGCAGAUAUGAGUGUGAGGCUGGAGCAGCUAAAAGUAGUGCGGUUAUUACUGUCAAGGAAACACAAAUUCUUUUCAAGCAAGAGCUUCAAAAUGAAGAAGUUAGAGAAGGAAAACAAGUCAAGCUGACCUGUGAGCUCAGCAAACCUGAUACCCCAGUGAAAUGGAUGAAAGGAGAUACUGUUCUGUAUGCCAGUGAGAAGUAUGAGUUUAAGCAGUGUGGUACUGUGGCAGAGCUCAUUAUUCGAGAUGUCAAAUCGAUAGACUCUGGAGACUAUACUUGCAGCACUGGGGAAGUGAAGACCACUGCUCAGGUGAAAGUAAAAGCUUUGCCUGUCCUUAUUAAACAAGCCUUGGAGAACACGGAAAUGGAAGAGGGGAAAUCUGUCUCCUUGCGCUGUGAACUUUCAAAAGCUGAUGCCACCGUGGUUUGGAAGAAGGGAGAAGCUACGCUUCAGGCAAGUGCCAAAUAUGAAAUGAAGCAGAAGGGGACAAUGGCAGAGCUGGUGAUUCAUAAUGCAGAACUAGAAGAUGCAGGAAGAUACACCUGUGACACUGGAGACCAGCAGACCACAGCCCGAGUCAAAAUCCAUGCUGUCUCUGCACUCAUCAAAGAAGAGCUGAAGAGUGUGGAAGCUGUGGAAGGUGGGAUUGCCACCCUGCAAUGCCAGCUGAGCAAAGAGUCUCCCGUGGAGUGGAGGAAGGGGAGCACUCUUCUCCGGCCGAGUAACAAAUACAGGAUGAGGCAGGAGGGCAUGAUGGCUGAGCUGCUGAUCCACGAUCUCAACCCAAAGGAUGCUGGAGAAUAUUCAUGUGUAGUGGGGAACCAAAAAACCACAGCAGCCUUAUCAGUGAAUGCCCUGCCAAUCCGCUUCAAAAAAGAGCUGAAGAAUGAGGAAGCCACGGAGAGUGGGACAGCCACACUGCAGUGUGAGUUGAGCCAGGCGGAGGGCUCAGUCGAGUGGAGGAAGGAUGGAAAAGUGUUGAUGCCAAAUGGGAAAUACAAAAUGAGACAGGAAGGGCGUUUUGUUGAGCUGGUAAUCCAAGACCUAAACUUGAUGGAUGCUGGAAGCUACACCUGCGUGUGCGGAGAUCAGAAGACAACAGCUGCUUUGAGAGUGAAUGCGUUACCCAUCCUUUUCCAAGAAGAAAUGUUGAACAAAGAAGCUACAGAGGGGCAGGCAGUCACUUUGCACUGUAAACUGAGCAAAUCAGCCCCGGUUGAGUGGAGGAAAGGGAAUAUGGUCCUCAAGCCAAGUGAAAAAUAUAAAAUAGAGCAGGAAGGUCCCUUUGUGGAGUUGACGAUACAGGAUUUGGAUUUGGCAGAUGCUGGCGAUUACAGCUGUGUGUGUGGAGAUCAACAGACUACGGCUGCUUUGACAGUAAAUGUCCUGCCUGCUCUUUUCACCAAACAACUGACAGAUGAAGAAGCCACAGAAGGUAAAAGUGUCUCUCUGCACUGUGAGCUGAACAAGGCUGCUGCUAACGUGGAGUGGAAGAAGGGCUUCAAGACCCUCAAAUCAAGUGACAAGUAUAAAAUGAAACGUGAAGGUGUCGUCGCUGAGCUUAUAAUCCAAAAUUUAGACACAACGGAUGCUGGAAAUUAUUCCUGUGUGUGCGGAGACCAGCAGACUAUGGCAGUUCUAACAGUACAUGCUUUGCCUGCAUUUUUCAAAGAAGGAUUAAAGAAUAGAGAAGCCACAGAUGGUGCAACAGCCACUCUGCGCUGCGAGCUCAGCAAGGUUGGAGUCCCAGUGGCGUGGAAAAAAGGGGACAAGACACUCAAACCAAGUGAUAAGUAUAGGAUGAGACAAGAAGAUACCACCGCAGAGCUGUUGAUCCGAGAUCUGGAGGUAGACGAUACAGGAGAAUAUACCUGUGUGUGUGGAGAACAGAAGACCUCAGCUGUCUUGACAGUCCAUGCUUUGCCUGCACUGUUCAAAAAAGAACUUGUCGAUGUGGAAGCCACAGAAAAUGGGACAGCUCUUCUGCAGUGUGAGCUAACUAAAACCACUCCGGUAGAGUGGAGGAAAGGGCAAAAGGUGCUCAAGCCCAGUGAGAAGUACAAAAUGAGACUGAAGGAUACUGUUGCCGAGCUGACAAUCCACAGUCUGGAGGAAGAAGAUGCAGGACAUUACACCUGUGUGUGUGGAGACAAGGCGACUUCUGCAUCCCUGACAGUGCAUGCUCUUCCUCCGCAUUUUAAAAAGGAGUUGAAGAACAUGGAAGCCACAGAAAAUGGCACAGCCACUUUCUGCUGCGAGGUGAACAAACCCACAGCUGCCGUGGAAUGGAGGAAAGGAGACAAAGCCCUGGAGCCAAGUGACAAGUUCAGCAUGAGAUGUGAGGGCACAGUUGCUGAGCUGGUGAUCCGUGAUUUAGAUCUGACAGAUGCUGGAGAUUACACAUGCUUUUAUGGAGAUCAGAAAACCACCGCAGCACUGAAAGUGAAUGCCUUGCCUGCACAUUUCAAGAAAGAGAUGAAGAACGAGGAAGCCACAGAAGGUGGAACAGCCAUCCUACAAUGUGAGCUAUCUAGGGCUGCUUCUGUGGAGUGGAAAAAGAAACACAAAAUGCUCAAAUCAAGUGAAAAAUAUACUACGAGACAGGAAGGUACUACUGCACAACUGUUGAUCCAUGAUUUAGAAGCCAAGGAUGCUGGGGAAUACACCUGUGUGUGUGGAGAUGAGAAGACAACUGCAACACUGACAGUGCAUGCCCUUCCUGCUCUCUUCAAAGAAGAGUUAAGAAAUGAGCAAGCCAUGGAGGGUGAAGUAGUCACUCUGCGCUGUGAGCUGACCAAGGCUGCUUCAGUGGAGUGGAAAAAAGGACACACAGUACUCAAACAUAGUGAGAAAUACAAAAUGAGGCAGAAGGAUGUCACUGCAGAACUGGUGAUUCAUAAUCUAAAUGAGAGUGAUGCUGGUGAUUAUACCUGCGUGUGUGGGGAUAAGGAGUCCACAGCUUCUUUAGCGGUACACGCACUGCCUGCACGCAUCAAGGAAAGCCUGAAAGAUGAGGAGGUAACAGAAGGUCAAGCAGCCACUCUGCGCUGCGAGCUGACCAAAGUUGCUCAAGUUGAGUGGAGAAAGGAUGGCAGUUUGCUCAAAGUCAGCGACAAAUACAAAAUGAGACAGGAGGGCAUGGUCAUGAAGCUUCUUAUCCAUGAUGUAGAACUGAAAGAUGCUGGAAAAUACACUUGUGUGUGUGGAGAACAAGAGACGACAGCUGCCUUGAUAGUGCAUGCCCUGCCUGCACUUUUCAAAGAAGAACUGAAAGACCUGCAAGCCAUGGAAAGCCAAACAGCCACUCUGCACUGUGAGCUGACCAAGGCUGCAUCUGUGUGUUGGAAGAAAGGAAACAAACUACUCAGGGCAAGUGAGAAAUACAUCAUGCGACAGGAUAAUGCCCUUGCUGAACUGGAAAUUUGUGAUCUAGAACUGCAGGAUGCAGGAGUUUACACUUGUGUGUGUGGAGACCAACAUACCACAGCUUCUCUGACAGUGAAUGCCCUGCCAGUGCUUUUCAAGGAAGAACUUAAGAAUGAAGAAGUCCAAGAAGGAGCAUCAGUCUCUCUGCAUUGUGUGUUAACCAAGGCAGCUCCAGUGCUGUGGAAAAUAGGGUCCCAAGUGCUCAAAGCAAGUGACAAAUAUCAAAUGAGUCAGCCUGGCACCACUGCAGAGCUGGUCAUUCAUAAUCUAGAAGUAGAAGAUGCUGGAGAUUACACGUGUGUGUGUGGUGACCAGAAGACAACAGCAACCUUAACAGUUCAUGCUCUGCCACCACUCUUUAAGGAAGAGCUAAAGAACAAGGAAGCAGAAGAAGGUGGGGAAGUCACCCUGCACUGUGAGUUAACCAAGGCUGCUCCAGUGGAGUGGCGGAAGGACCAGAGGAUUCUCAAUGCAAGUGAGAAAUACAAAAUGAGGCAGGAAGGGACCAAGGCAGAGCUGGUGAUUCAUGAAAUAGCUGAGGAGGAUGCAGGAGACUACACCUGUGUGUGUGGAGAGCACCAGACUACAGCUGCCUUAACAGUACAGGCUGUGCCUCCAUUUUUCCAAGAAGAAAUGACCAGCAAGGAAGCCGUAGAAGGUGGAAUGGCCACUUUGCACUGUGAGCUCAGCAAGGCACCUGCCAAAGUUCAGUGGAAGAAGGGCCAUCAUGUCCUCAAACCGGACAGCAAGUACAGCAUGAGACAGGAAGGCUGUGUUGUGGAGCUGGUGGUUCAUGAUUUAGACUUGAAUGACACUGGAGAUUAUGCUUGUGUUUGUGGAGACAAGACCACCACAGCUGCCUUAACAGUGCAUGCACUGCCUCCAGAAUUCAAAAAAGACCUGAGGGACCUAGAAGCUGUAGAAAGUGGGACAGCUGUUCUGCGCUGUGAGCUGACUAAACCUGCUGUGGUGGAGUGGAAGAAGGGGCAGGAGGUCCUGAAAGCAAGCAGCAAAUAUAAAAUGAGUCAAGAUGGUGCCGUUGCAAAGCUGAUUAUCCAUGAGCUGGAUGUGGAGGACACUGGAAAUUACACUUGUGUGUGUGGAGAUCAAGAGACAACUGCCACUUUGACAGUCAAGGCCUUACCAGCACUUUUUAAACAAGAGCUUCAGAAUACCGAGGCAGAAGAAGGUGGUAGAGUGACACUGAGGUGUGAGCUUACCAAAGCAAAUGCUCCAGUAGAGUGGAGGAAAGGAGAUACCACUCUCUACCCUGGUUUGAAAUAUGAGAUGAAGCAGCAGGGCUCCACUGCUGAAUUGAUCAUUUAUGACUUAGAAGUGGAUGAUUCAGGAAAGUACACCUGCGACUCUGGACAUCAGCAGACAACAGCUGUGGUAACCGUACAUGCACUGCCUGUCACAUUUAAGCGGCCCCUAGAGAAUAAGGAAUCAGAGGAAGGAAGUACAGCUGCUUUCUGCUGUGAGCUGUCAAAACCCAACACUGCAGUGGAAUGGAGGAAAGGAGGAGUGGGGCUGCAGCCCAGCCAGAAAUACGAGAUAAGGCAGAGAGAAUGCCUGGUAGAGCUCUUAAUACAUAAUCUCAAAUUAGAAGAUACAGGAGAAUACAGCUGUGACACUGGGGAUCAGGAAACCAAAGCAUCUUUAACUGUGAAAGCUCUACCAGUUCUUUUCAAAAAGGAGCUCAAGGACAAGGAGGUGGAAGAAGGAGCUGCGGUGAAAUUCCAGUGUGAGCUGACAAAGGAUAAUGCAACAGUGGAGUGGAGGAAAGGCACCAUGGAGCUCUUCCCAUGCACCAAAUAUGAAAUCAAAUUAAGCAGUCACGUAGCUCAACUUGUGAUUCAUAAUGUAGAACCAGAAGAUGCCUCUGAUUACACUUGUGAUACAGGAGACCAGCAGAGCACAGCAGUCCUCAGAGUGAAUGCCGUCAAACCUCGGCUGAAGCAGCAGCUGAAGAAUGAAGAAGUGGAAGAGGGAGGAACAGCCAGGCUGCGCUGUGAGAUUUCCAUUAGCAAAGCAGAAGUGGAGUGGAGGAAAGAUGGAGUCGUCCUUCAUUCAAGCUCAAAGUAUGAAAUGUGGCAGGACGGCACCCUUCGUGAGCUGCGUAUUCAUCGCCUGGAGCCUAGCGAUGCUGGAGAGUAUUCCUGCAAGGCUGGAGAUGAGACAAGCUCUGCAAAACUGACCGUGAAAGAGCCUGAUGUGACCAUCGUGAGUGGCCUAAAGGACAUGGUGGUGUUUGAAGGAGAUGAUGUCACAUUUCGAUGCCAGGUUUCUCACGAGAAUGCAAGGGAUAUUGAAUGGAAGCUACAGGAUGUUGCUCUGCAAAAUAAUGAAAUGAAUGAGAUUUCAGUGGAAAAAGGAAGGAUUCACACCCUAACAUUAAGAAAGGUGACUGAGCAGGACAUUGGUACCAUCAGUUUCCGAGUGGGACCCCACACAUCAACGGCAGAACUCACAGUGAAAGUGCCACCUCCAGUCUUUAAAGAGAAACUACAGAGCACAGAAGUGCAGGAAGAAGAGACAGCCAUCCUCCGCUGCGAGGUGUCCCAGCCUAAUGUUGCAGUGGAGUGGAAGAAGGGCACCCAGGUGAUUUCCCCAAGCUCCAAGUAUGAAAUCAGGCAGGAGGGAACAAUCCAUAUUUUGAAGAUUCAUAACUUAAAACCAGAAGACUGUGGCAAAUACACCUGUGAUAAUGGAAACGAAAAAACAACAGCCACUUUAACUGUUAAAGCUUUGCCUGUAACCUUCACGCAACCACUCCAGAACCAACAAGCUGAAGAAGGUGGCACCAUCACUUUGAGCUGUGAAAUCUCAAAAUCAAAUGCUGCUGUGCAGUGGAAAAAGGCCGGGACAGUGCUGCGACCAAGUGACAAAUACAAGAUGCGCCAGGCAGGGUCUGUGGCUGAGCUGACGAUUCACAACCUGAGCAAAACUGAUGCUGGAGAAUAUGUGUGCGACACAGGGGACCAGCAAACAACCGCAGCUGUGCUUGUGAAAGAACAAGAAGCAAUCAUAGUGGAGGCACUGAAGGAUGUCACUUCGUAUGAAGGAGAAGACGCAGUUUUUGAAUGCAGGCUGUCCUGGGAAACAACUCAGGACACCCAGUGGUUCUUGGGUGACGUUCCCCUGCAAUCCAAUGAAAUGAAUGAGAUUAGAGUUGAAGGAACACGUCAGACUUUGAUCCUGAGGAAGGUGACACUAGAAGACUGUGGGCCCAUCAGUUUCAAAGUUGGGCAGCAUUCCUCAGCAGCACAACUAUCUGUCAAAGUUGCUCCAGUCACUUUUGUGAAAGCGCUUCACAACAUGGAGCUACAGGAGGGUGGUACAGCUCACCUUUCCUGUGAAGUCUCCAAACCUGAUGUCCCAGUGGAAUGGAAGAAGGGCACGUCCAUUAUCCGCUCAAGCCAGAAGUGCACCAUUAAGCAGGAGGGGAAAGUGCACACACUGGUCAUUCAUGAUUUGAACCGUGCAGACUCAGGGGACUAUAGCUGUCAUACAGCUGAUGGGAAGACCGCUGCCAAACUAGAGGUUAAAGCCCAGCCGGUGUUUUUCAAACACCGUCUGAAAAACGAGGAGGUGGAGGAAGGGUGUACAGCCAUACUGUACUGUGAGCUGACGAAACCCAAUGGAACUGUGGAGUGGAGGAAAGGAGAAACAGUCCUGCAGACAAGUGACAAGUAUGAGAUCCGGCAAGAGGGGACUCGUGCUGAACUCUUAAUCUACGAUGCUGAGGCUCAGGAUGCUGGUGAUUAUACAUGCAGCUUGGGGGAUCAGAAAACCACUGCAUCAUUGAAAGUCAAAGUACUACCCGUGCUGUUUAACAAAGAGUUGAAAAACGUAGAGUCUGAGGAAGGGGGAACAGCUGUCUUGCACUGCGAGAUCUCCAAACCGGACACCCCCGUUGAGUGGAGAAAAGGAGGGGUGGUCAUUCAGCCCAGUGCCAAGUACGAGAUGAAGCUGAAAGGCAGCGUUGCUGAGCUGAUCAUCCAUGGUGUAGAGCCUGAUGACUGUGGGGAUUAUACCUGUAGCACUGGAUACGAGAUCACCACAGGUUCUGUUUAUGUCCAAGAAGAAGCAGCAGUCAUAGUUUCUGGUUUAAAGAACACAGACGUCUUUGUGGGUGAGUCAGCCACGUUCACCUGCGAGCUCUCACACCCGGGCGUGAAGAACGUGCAGUGGUGGCUCGAUGGAUCUCCCCUUCACAACAACUUUGUGACUGAAAUCUCUGAGCAAGACGGGAUAAUCCACACUUUAACCCUAAAUGAUGUGGCAUGCCAUGACUCAGGCACUGUCACCUUCAGAGCUGGGUCCCUUAUAUCAUCAGCUAAAUUAUUAGUCAAAGAUCCAACCAUUGAAGUGGUCAGUCCCAUGCAGGACAUAACUGUUGAUGAAGAUGGCACAGCAGAGUUCAUAUGCCAAUAUUCUAGGCCAGUACACGCCAUAUGGAAGAAAAAUGAUCAGGAAAUACAUGCAGAUGGGCAGCGAGUGAUUAUCGAUCAGGACUGGAAUGUAAGCAUGUUAAAAAUUAAACCUACGGUACCAGAAGACACUGGCAUCUAUUCUUGUGAAGCUGAAGGCAUAAAAGUGAUGGCUACACUUGAUGUUCAAGCCAAGAACAGCAUUGUCCAGGGCUUGGAGAAUGUGGAAGCUGUGGAAGGAGGGGAAGCCCUGUUCGAAUGCUACCUUUCCAAACCUGAAUGCUACAACUACAACUGGCUGAUUGACGAUGAACCUGCCAAAACUACAGAAAAUGUUGAGAUGGUUUAUUUUGAAAAUGGGCUCAGGCAUCUUCUGCUGCUGAAGAACCUAACUCCCCAGGACAGCUGCAGGGUGACUUUCACAUGCAGCGAUGCGGUGACCUCAGCCUUCCUGACAGUGAAAGGAUGGCGCCUGCAGAUUUUGCAGCCUCUCAAAGAUGUGGAAGUCCCUUCAGGAGAGAAAGCCACAUUUACCUGCGUUCUGAGUGAAGCCGUUCCAAUUAAUGAAGUUGCCUGGUAUAGCAAUGACAUAGAGAUCCAGUCAGAUGAGGACUGGGAGGUACAAGCAGAUGGAAACAAAUACAAGCUUAUUCUGAAAAAAGCUCAACCACAUCAUUCUGGAGAGGUGACCUUUGCGUCCAGGGAAGCAAUUACAUCAGCCAAGUUAUCUGUGAUAGAGCCUCCAAUUACAGUCACCCAUCCUUUGGUGGGAGGAUCAGUGUCAGAAGGGGAGGUGGCGCGCUUGGAGUGCAAAUUAUCAAAUGAAACUGAAGAGAGAGUGAGAUGGUUCAAAGGAAAAGAACAAAUACAAACUGGAGGGAGAUACGAAAUCCUUUCUGAUGGAAAAAAACAGACACUCAUUAUUCACGCGUUUAAACCUGAAGAUCAGGAUACCUACACCUGUAUGGUUUCUCCAGAAGUCAAGUCUGUUGCCAGCUUAUGUCUUGAAGUUCCCACAGUGACAAUGCUAAAAGAGAUCGCCAGGGAAACACCCUCUGCAAGGCAAACAGAAGAGCUAGUGGAUGGCAAUGUCCAGCCCAGCUUGCCCCCUGAGGCUGCUCAGGAAGGAGAUCUUCACCUCCUGUGGGAAGCUCUAGCCAAGAAACGCCGGAUGAGCCGGGAGCCCACCUUGGAUUCCAUCAGUGAGGUGCCUGAAGAAGACGAGAAGCUUCAGAAGUUGAGGAAGGAGGAAGCAGAAAUGUCUCACUAUUACUCAGAGGAGUACUCCACGUGUGAUGAGCUGGCUAGGACAGGAGAAGCAGAUUUCUCUUUCACAAGCUCAGACGAUGAAUCUAGAGCUGGGACUCCUUCACUGGUCAACUACCUCAAGAAAGCUGGGAAGAAAAGUGUCAGUGUUACUACAAAGGUUCAGUCCAUCUCUACAGGCACAUUAUGGAAACAGUGGGAGAAAACCAGUGUGGACACUGUUGUGGCUGCAGGUACUAAGCCAGCUGAACCAGAACUACCAGAUUUAAAUGAUCCUUCCAUGAACAAGGCUGCUGUGAAGAUCCAGGCUGCUUUCAAAGGAUACAAAGUCAGGAAAGAAAUCAAGCAACAAGAAUGUCCAGUAUUUAUGGAGACCUUCAAAGAUUUCUCUGGUGAGCCUGGAAGCACUCUCCACCUUGAGUGUGUGGCGCACAGCAAAACUGACAUGAAAGUCCGUUGGCUGAAAGAUGGGGAAGAGCUUUCAGAUGGUCGCUAUUAUCACAUAGACAAUUACAGUGAUGGGACCUGCUCUUUGAUUAUCACUGGCCUGGACCGGAAAGAUGCGGGUAAAUACACCUGUGAGGCAUCCAAUAAAUUCGGAAAGGUUUCACACAGUGCUAAGGUGGUUAUUGGCUCUGAAGAACUUCAAGUUCCUCAGAAGGAGAAGAAACAGAAACAAAGCACUGACAGUGAAACAGAGAGCUCAUCUGGCAGUGAGCUUGAUGAUGCUUUCCGUAAAGCAGGAAGGAGACUUCAUAGACUCUUCAGGGCCAAGAUCUCGACAGAGAUAUCUGAUGUGGAGGAAGAGUUAUUUGUCAGUGCAGAUGAAGGGGACGUAGAGGUAGUUGACCAUCAGACGUAUCGUGAGGAUGACCAGUACAUCUACAUCAAGUUUGAAAUCUUGUCUGAGGCAAAGUCUGCUGCCACACGAUUCCGAGAGAUGUUUGGGGCUUUGGGAAUUCCUGUGGAGAUUGACAUUUUGGAACAAGGCCCUAAAAAGAUUGAAUUACGUAUUGGGAAAGCCACGCCACCCUCCCAUGGGAAGUUUGUACCACCAGUAGUAAGACCUCCACCACCUUUGCUGACUUCUGAUACAGCUCCCAUGUUCAUAACCGAGCUCCAAAACCAAGAGGUACAAGACGGGUAUCCAGUCAGCUUUGAUUGCAUUGUCAUUGGCAAACCACUCCCCACAGUUCGCUGGUUCAAGGAUGGGAAAGCUAUUGAAGAAGAUGAUCAUUACAUGAUUAACGAGGACCAGGAAGGAUGCCAUCAGCUGAUCAUCACAGCUGUGGUCCCCACUGACAUGGGAGUUUACCGUUGUCUUGCUGAAAACAACAUAGGAGUUGCUUCAACCAAGGCUGAGCUUCGAGUAGACUUGACCAGCACUGACUAUGAGACAGCAGCAGAUGCAACAGAGACAUCCUCUUACUACAGUGCUAAAGAAUAUAUUUCAAGCCGAGAACAAGAGGAAUCUACCACUGAGGAGGAGCAGUUGCCCCAGAUCUUUGAUGAGCUUCAUGAUAUUCAUGUGGCACCUGGAGCACCACUGGCUAAAUUUCACCUAAAGGUGAAAGGGUACCCACAUCCUCGUCUCUAUUGGUUCAAAAAUGGAGAGCCAUUAAAGGCCUCGGAUCGCAUCCUGAAGACUGAUAAACAGGAAUUCCACUCACUGGAAAUUCGUGAUGUCACUAAAGCAGAUGCUGGCCAGUACUCGAUAUUUGUCAUCAACUCUGCUGGUUCUGCAUAUUCAUCAGCCAGACUGAUAGUCAAAGAUUCUGAUGAGAAAGAAAAGCCAGCAGAAACAGAUUCCCAUGAGCCGCUGAUACCACCAAGAUUCCUAGAAAGAUUUACUAAUAAAAAGGUGAAAAAGGGAGCAAGCAUCACAUUAUCUGUAAAAGUUGAAGGACAUCCACCACCAACUAUUACUUGGCUGAAAGAAGAGUCUCGGGAAGACAUCCUGUGGAUCAAACCAGACACUCCUGGCUAUAAACUUGCCAGUUCAAAUAUGCAUCACAGUCUAAUCCUGUUGGAUGUUAAAAAGAAGUACAGCGGAGCUUAUACGUGCAUUGCUACCAACAAGGCUGGCCAGUCCAUCUGCACCGCCACCCUGGAAGUUGCAGAUGUGAAAGAGGCUGAAGUUCUGACCCAGGAGCGCGUGAUGGUGUCUGAAGCCAUCAUGACCACACUGGGAGAUAUUCAUCCCUCUGAAGCAAGAGAAGGAAACCUUGAAGCUGGUAGAGAAGGUGUACCCAAAAGCCCUAUUUCAUUAGCUGAUGUUGGCUCAGAAGAGUUCUUCCAGAAACUGACCUCGCGUAUCUCAGAAAUGGUAUCUGCAAAAAUAAGUCAGGCUACACUUAGAGUGCCAGGAGCAGAAAGUGAUGAUGAAUCAAGGACUCCCUCUGCAUCUCCUCGCCAUGGGCGAUCCAGACCUUCGUCCAUUGCUCAAGAGUCCUCCUCUGAAUCUGAAGAUGGGGAUUCCAGAGGAGAGAUCUUUGAUGUCUACAUGGUCACAGCUGACUAUGUGCCUGCUGCACCUGACAAGGAGACCAUCACUUUGAAGGAAGGCCAAUACGUGGAAGUCCUUGAUUCUGCCCAUCCUUUGAAGUGGCUGGUCAGGACUAAACCAACGAAAUCUAGCCCCUCUCGACAGGGUUGGGUAUCUCCAGCCUAUCUGGACAAGAAGUUAAAGUUGUCACCAGAGUGGGGAACAACAGAAGCUCCUGAGUUCCCUGGAGAGUUUGUUUCUGAAGAUGAAUAUAAAAGGAAGCUGAGUGUUCUUAUUCAAGAGCUGUUGAUCUCAGAAGAGGAUUACAUUCAAGAUCUACAGUUCCUCCAGACUCACCACCUCAAGUACACUGAGACCUGUCCCAGUGUCCCAGGAGCUGUUGCCAGUCAGAAAUCUACCAUCUUCAGAAAUUUUGAUGACAUUACUCACUUCCAUUCCAGUGUCUUCCUCCGAGACUUGCAGAAAUGUGACACUGAUGAUGACGUGGCCAUGUGCUUUAUCAAGCACAAAGCAGAGUUUAAUAAGUACAUCCAGUACCUGGUGGGGCGGGUACAGGCUGAAUCGAUUGUUGUCAGCAAAGCUGUCCAGGAUUUCUACAAGAGAUACACAGAUGAAAUAUUAAUUAAUGAAGAUCCUUCACAGCCACUUAUCCCACCACUGCAGCACUACCUGGAAAAGCCCAUAAACAGGAUCCAGCAGUACCAAACUAUAAUCAAGGAAUUUAUCCGGAACAAAGCAAGAAAUAGCCAGAACUGCACUUUACUGGAACAGGCUUAUGCCAUUGUGUCUGCACUCACCCGAAGAGCAGAAAAUGACCUUCAUGUCUCACUCAUCGAGAAUUAUCCAGGGACCUUGGAAAGCCUUGGGGAACCCAUCCGACAGGGCCACUUCAUCGUGUGGGAAGGAGCUCCAGGAGCUAGAAUGGCAUGGAAAGGACACAAAAGACAUGUCUUCCUCUUCAAAAACUAUAUUGUGAUCUGCAAACCAAAGCGAGACACAAAGACAGACACCUACAGUUAUGUCUUCAAGAACAUCAUGAAGCUGAACAACAUAGACGUGAAUGACAUUGUGGAAGGCGAUGAUCGGGCAUUUGAGAUCUGGCAUGAACGGGAAGACUUAGUCCGCAAGUACCUCCUUCAGGCACGUACAGUGAAUAUCAAGAACUCCUGGGUGAAGGAUAUCUGUGGCAUACAACAGCGGAUCAGCGAGCCUGUCUGGAUACCUCCAGACUUUGAGGAAGAACUGGCGGACUGUACAGCUGAGCUGGGAGAGACAGUCAAGCUGGCUUGCAAAGUUACAGGAGUUCCCAAGCCAUCUGUAUGCUGGUACAAAGAUGGAAAGCCUGUGGAGGUUGAUCCCCAUCACAUUAUAAUAGAAGAUCCUGAUGGUUCCUGCACAUUGAUCUUGGACAACCUAACAGGUGUUGACUCAGGACAGUACAUGUGCUUUGCUUCUAGUCCUGCUGGAAACGCCAGUACCCUGGGAAAGAUCCUUGUUCAAGUGCCACCUCGGUUUGUGAACAAGGUUAGAAAUGCUUAUUUGGUUGAGGGUGAAGAUGCUCAGUUUACCUGCACUAUCGAAGGAGCACCUAGGCCUCAAAUCAGAUGGUACAAAGACGGUGUAUUGUUGAAGGAAUCGGGUAAAUAUCAGACUUUCAGUGAACCACGGAGUGGCAUAAUAGUCCUGGUGAUCAAGAACCCUUCCAAUGAAGAUAUGGGACACUAUGAAUGUGAGCUGGUGAACAGAUUAGGGUCUGCAAAAAGCGGAGCAGAACUUUACCACCACAGCGCUGCAGCCCUGACCCAGGAGAGGAGGGGAGAUCAAGCCAUUACUAUAGAAGGAAUGACUUCCUCACAGUCAGAGAUGGAGAAUACUGUCCAGGCCUCGCUUCAGCGUGCUGAUAAGGAAAUCAAGACAGCUCUAAGGAAACUCGUGGACUCGGCAUCGCUGCUGGUGACUCUUCCCCCAGGCAUGAGAGGAGGAGCCGGUGACCUUGGCUUUCCUGGGUCUGUUCCUUCAGGCCACUCACAAACAGCAUCUGGUCCCUCUGUGCUAGUUCAUGAAGCGAGUACUCAAACCCAAACUGCUGGAGAUCAUGGCAAAGCACAAAAGCAGAUUCCAGCUGCAGAAUCAAGUGGACCAAAGCCAAGCCCUUCCCUUGAAGAGACAGCAGCUGGAGAAGAAAGCACUCAGGAACGCACUAUCCCUAUUACCAGAACACCUCCAGCCACGGGGGCAGGAAACUGGUACAGAAGAGAAGGAGAUGUGGUUUGGGAUGUACACAGUGAAGUUUAUAUUGAGACUACAGAAAGAAGAUGUGUUUAUAAGACUGAGGAUAAGACCCCAACAAGUCCUCCCUAUAUGCAAGUGACAAUAGAGGAUGUGCAGGUGAAUUCUGGGGAGCAAGCCAAAUUUCAAGCAGUCAUUGAAGGAACACCUCAGCCUACUGUUUUGUGGUUUAAGGGCACCUCAUUGCUGGCAGACAGUGACAGGAUCCAUCAAGGGAAGCAGGGAACAACCUACUUCUUAGUCGUGGACAAUGCUGUCUUGGAAGACGGUGGUGUUUAUACCUGUGUUGCCAAAAAUGCAGGAGGGGAAGUGUUGUGCAAAGCAGAGCUUAUCGUACAUGAAGCUAAGAAAGACCAAGAGGCAAAGAAAGUGGCAACGAGGAGAAAGCUCCACUCCCUUUAUGAGGUUAAGCAGGAGAUUGGGAGGGGCUGCUUCAGCUUUGUGAAACGAGUUGUACAUAAAGGGAACAGAGUGUCCUGUGCUGCCAAAUUCAUACCUCUACGAAGCAAGACGAAGGCUCGAGCACAUCAAGAGAGGGAUAUUCUAGCCUCUCUAUCCCAUGACAGAAUUACCAGGCUCCUGGAUCAUUUUGAAACACGGAAAACAUUGAUUUUGAUUCUGGAGUUAUGCUCCAGUGAAGAGCUCCUUGACAGGUUAUUCAAGAAGAGUGUGGUCACUGAAGCAGAGGUCAAAUUGUAUAUCAAGCAAAUUUUGGAAGGAAUCAAAUAUCUUCAUGACAACAACGUGCUUCAUUUGGAUAUUAAGCCACUGAACAUCCUCAUGGUUUAUCCUGAAAGGGAAGACCUUAAGCUCUGUGACUUUGGAUUUGCUCAGAAGAUCACCCCCUAUGAACCUCAGUUCAGCAAAUAUGGGUCUCCAGAGUUUGUUGCCCCAGAAAUUGUAUCUCAGUCAUCAGUGUCAAAAGCAACUGAUAUCUGGGCUGUUGGAGUCAUCACAUAUUUAAGCUUAACCUGCAAGUCUCCAUUUGCCGGGGAGAACGACAGAGGAACCCUUCUAAAUAUCCAGAACGGGGAAAUUUCAUGGACCAUUCCUGAUUUUGUUCACUUGAGUGAAGAUGCAAAGGACUUCAUAAAAGGGAUCCUACAGCAGAACCCCAAAGCCAGGCCUAGUGCUUUGGACUGUCUUUCCCACAAGUGGUUCAUGCACAAUCUCCCCCUCGACGCUACUCAUUUCAUUAAUACCAAGCAGCUCAAAUUCAUUGUGGCUCGGAGCAAGUGGCAGCGGUCUCUGAUGUGCUAUAAAUCCAUACUUGUAAUGCGCUCUAUCCCAGAAAUCCUGGAAAGGACUCAUGAUAACACUUCCCUGGCCAUCUCCCGACAUCUUAUAGAAGAAAGCACUUCGUCCAGUACCAGCGGCUCCUCUUCAGACAAUGAGAACUCACAUUUCCCCAAGAAGAGGCACUUUGGCUCUACACCUGAACUGCAUUUGUCCAUAUUUGAUGCACCAAGCCACCAGGAGGCUCCAAAACAUCCGAGUGAAGAGAAGCACUCCAAAAUCUCAGUCCCUCCAGUAAAACCAAUGAGGAGGAAGUAUGCUUCAAUGAAAGCUGAGGUGGGGGACAAAUCACCUACAGAAGGUAAAGACCUCGUGGCAAGUACAUUGGAGGAGAAAAAGGAAGGGCUCCAUCCUAGACUUCAAGAUGAAAGAGCAGAGCAUUCCCAAAGAAGUGAUGCUGCUGAGCCUUCACCAGUGAGGACUUCCACAGAAAGCACACCACAGAAAGAAAGAACAGACAUAUUUUUAUCUGAUAAGGAUGGAAUUGAAAAGACUGGGGAUGGGACAGAAAAGCCACCUGUCUGUGUUCCUAGACAGAGUGUCAUUAAAAGCACUUUCUACAGCCAAGCAGCUGAGCUACCUGCAAGGGGGCCUUCCUCACCAGGCAGGGAGUUCAGGAGGCAUUUGGACAGAGCCAGAAGGACUUUCCGGAAAGCUGGAUAUUCGAAGGUGCCCCUCAGUGGUCUCCGUGAACCCCUUCUAGAACAGUUUGAAUUGGAAGAAGAAGGAAAGUCUGACGAUGGAGAUGAUCACAGAGAAAGUCUGCUUGGUUCCUUGACAAAAUCAGCUUCAUUUGACACUGCAAGGAAACCACCACAUCCUGCCAUUGCUGGUGCUAGCCGAAGCCGUUCCCUGGAUGACUACAGGUUAAGAGCUUCAAGAUCAGUGAGGGAACAAGAUAUUUUGGAAGAAGACUGUGAUAUAUUGUCACAGGAAAGUUGCCCUGAAGGCAGUGAUCACUGUGACAUUUCUUCAGGGCCUUCCAAGGGAUGUUCCGUAGAUACUUCAGAGCAAAAAGAAUUCAGGAAAGCCAGUAAGGAUUGUUCAGACCAGCUCCCUCCUUCCACACGAUGUGAGGAUAAUGGGUGCCCGGCUGGUUUUGUGCAACAGGUAGAGAGACCUCCAGUGUCACCUCACAGGAGUGAGAAUAAGAAACAUUUAUUGAAGAAGUCAAAAGCUUACGUUGAUGAGGAUGAUGAAGAUUUGGAAGGCAAAAGCCCUGAUCUGACUGCCCAGUGCUCAGGUGUAACUGCAUCAUCAGCUGAAAAACAUGAAAGCAUGGAGCAUAAAUCCUCCCCUGUCAGUGCCUCUGACACUGCUUUUCAGGAGAAUAAGCAGUCCGUUUCAACUCUUGCAUGGUCAGAGACUACGUCCAAGUCAGCCCCUACAGGUAAUGGAGCCGUGUAUUCACCCCAGGAGUCUGCUCACAGUACGGACAUCCAUUCGGAUCUAAAAGGUGGAAGCUUGCUUAACAAAAGGACAGCCCCGGUUCCACCUUGGAAAGACAAAAGGCAGAAACAUUCACAUGAGAAGACCUCUGCUCAUGGUGCUGCCAAACCUGAUCUCAUGGAGGAUGAAAGCUCUGUUGUUUUAACAGGUGCACAAACAGCAACAGAUUCACUUUCAAUAUGUAAAGACAAAAGUCAGGAUCUUCCUGGUCAAAGUGUUCCAGCACCUACUGUCUUGGUGGGCAAACAGGCAGGUACCCUAACUGCUCUACACACAGCUGAUGAAGGUGUUCAUCAGAAACUGAAGACUUGUAAAGAGGCGAGAUCUGCUGUCCUGGAGGAUGAAGGACUGGGUAUUACAGGAAUCACUCAACCAUCAGCCCAUGAUGGUAAAAGCCAAGCGCACAUGAGGGCUCCUGUUAAAGUAGACACAGCAUCAGCCAUCCUGAAGGGAGAGCAUCUUUUUGCCCCAGAAGUCCCACCACCAAAAUCAAUGCAAACUUUGGUCUCUGAUGGAGCACAGCAGGCUGAAAGAGAAUGGCCAGUUCAUAGCAAGGAUAGGCUUGCUACUCUGAGGAGUGAAAGCCCAGCUAUCGCAGAGGUUGUUUCCAGUUCGGCCCAUGAGGCUGAAAUUGAGGGAGCUAAACCCCAGAAGGUUUCUGAAGGCAGUGGCAUGGUGCCUGCUGGUCUGAAGAGCAGCCAUCCAGUUACAACUGUGUUCUCCCAAAAUACUGGCCUCCCUUCGAUCUGUGAGAGUGAAAAGCAAGAACACCCAACGGUAUCACUUCACAGUGAGGCGAGAUCUGUUGUGACCCCAAGUGGAAGCCAAGCAGCUGGACAGACCAUGCCUGCUCCCUUCCCCAAGGCUGGACAUCAGGUGUUUGAGCAGCACAGGACUGCCUAUCUCAGUGGCAGAGUUUCUGCUGAUCUAGAGGGUGUCUUAACUGCUUCAGAACCAGAAGUUGCUCCAGCUUCAGUCUAUGAGCCAGAAUAUGAGGAACACCCAAAGUUUUAUGGUCAGGCUAGAGGCUUUGCCUUAGAAAGUGGAAGCUAUGAUGCUGGCAAAACUGUCCCACCAUCUCUUCACAAGGAUCAAAGUCGGGAGGUCUCACAUCACAGGUCUUCUUUCUACAGUGAUGAGGAGUCUGCUGUGCUGGAAGGCUUAGUGGAUGAGAUGGUUUCCCUCUCUGAAGAGAUGAAUGUUUGGGCAGAGUCAGUUUCUGGUGAGGAGGAACACAGAAAGCAUAUCUCUUCUCCCACAGAGAUGUCCUACAAAAGCCCAGGUAGCCAAGCACUCACAGACACCUCCUUCCCUCCUGUAAAACGGGGGGAAAUAGAAGAAGUCUCUGAGCUGGAUGACUUUGCAGAACCCUAUCUUGUUGUGAGCGAGGAGUCAGUGGUGCUGGAAGGGCAGGAAGCACAGACAGUUCCUCAUGAAUGUGAAAAUCUGGAGGAUUUAGCAUUUGAAAGCGCCAUUUCUAGCCAAGUGAGUGUUUCCUCAACAGACAGCAUGGACACUGGAAAAAGACCCAGUCAAGUCUCAGUGAGCAAGAACACUGGUAAAUACCCAGAAGUUUCUUUAGUGAAAAUCAAAGACCUCUCAGAUGAGACACCCAGCCUUGGCAGUGGAACUCAAAAAUUUGACAUCUCAGAGGUAGAACCUGCCUAUUUGAAUUUCUCUGACUUGUAUGACAUUGUCUAUUUUCCGUUUGAAUUUCUGAACUAUAAGAAGCCUUCACCCAAACCACCUGGUAGACGGUUUAUACCUUUUGGUGAAAGGGCAAGGUCACCUCCUGCAGGACAUUUGCAUAAGGAUAAAAGACUGUGCAUCAGAGAAGAGGCAGCAGACAAGAACAGGAAGAAUCGUUUGGAAAUAUCUGAGGAUUCGAAGGCAACUCAAUUAUUAGCCACAGGGAAAGGGUCAGAGAGUCAUAAAGAAAUGUAUGGCCUCCAAAAGGACUCAAGUGGUAAGCAGAAAAGCUCCUUCUACAACAAGCCAGGACUCUUUAAGCCAUAUGCAAGGUCUCAUUCUGUGGAGCAGUCAGUGGAGCUGAGUCUGAAGAAGAAAGUAAAAGCUUCAGUUGCCCAUAUUUCAAAAAUCCUAAAAGGAAAGAUAUCUCCUGAGCCAGAGACAGAGGAAGAGUUUGGUGAGCUGGGAAGUGAUGCAGUAGAAAAAGAAGUGUUAACAGGGGCUGAAGGAUCUCUGAAGAGGAAAUCAGCACUCUCUUCAUUCAAGUUAUCAAGCCUGAUGCCAAAGGAGAAAGCACCUUCAUUCACGGAGGAGCUCAUUGAUCAGGCUGCUGCUGUUGGACAGUGUGUGACGCUGUCAUGCCGGAUGGCAUCUCACUCCUCUGUGCACAUCAACUGGUUCAGAGAUGGGAUACCUGUCCAUGGCAGCAGCCGGAUCCUCAUUUCAGGCACACUCAAAAACUUCCAGCUGUUAACUAUUCUCUCUGUUAAUGCUGAUGAUUUUGGUAUUUACACCUGUGUAGCCACAAACUCCCUGGGCUCAGCAUCCACCUCUUGCGUCAUAAGAAAAGCAGAGGUUCCUCCCAGCCCUCCGCCCCCUGACAUCGUGGAGGUCUACGAGGAUGGAGCGCAGGUGGUCUGGAAACCUGUGGAAACCAGCCUCCCUGUCCGUUACACCGUCCAGUGCAAGAGCGAAGAUGGAGAGUGGACAACUCUUGCUUCUGACAUUGCUGACUGCUGCUACCGUGCCAAGAAUCUCUCCAAGGGGUUUCUCUACUACUUCAGGAUAGCCUGCACCAGUAAAGCAGGAAUGGGGCCUUAUAGUGAUCCAUCUCCCAAAGUGAAAAUCAUUGGGAAGGACCAAAUGGAGCUUCGUGCUGCAAUGCAGAUCUUCCCAUCGGCUGCUACUGAAGAAGAGAGUGAAAUAAUCGCACCAUCUGAGCCUUUCCCAACCUACCAGACCUACGCCUUCCAAACAGAGAUCAAAAGAGGGCGUUUCAGCAUUGUCCGACAGUGCAGGGAAAAAGUAAGCGGCAAGACUUUAGCUGCUAAAAUUAUCCCUUACUGGCAAGAGGACAAGCAGACUGUGCUCCUCGAGUACCAAGUCCUGAGGAAGCUUCAUCACACAAACAUAGCUCAGCUGAAGGGAGCCUAUGUCAGCCCACGGCACUUAGUGUUGAUCCAGGAGAUGUGUGUGGGACCAGAGCUACUCCACUCUUUGGCACUACGGACGUCGUACUCAGAAGUGGAGGUCCGAGAUUACCUGUGGCAGAUCCUCAGUGCCAUUGAGUAUCUCCACGCACACAGCAUCCUGCACUUGGAUGUCAGAUCUGAAAAUAUGAUCAUCACUGAGCCCAACCUGCUGAAACUCCUGGAUUUCGGCAAUGCACAGUUCUACACACAAGACAAAAUUAUUACCAUGGACAAGUGCACAGAUUAUGUUGAAACCAUGGCUCCAGAACUGCUGACAGAGCAAGGAGCCCUCCCGCAGACUGAUAUCUGGUCCAUCGGAAUCACAGCCUUCAUCAUGUUGAGCGCCAACUACCCUGUCAGCUCUGACGUACCCUGUGAGUUUCUAAGAACAACCAGGAAGGGUAAAGUGAAGCUCACGCGGUGCUACGCAGGUCUCUCCGGGGGAGCGGUAUCAUUUCUCCAGAGCACACUGUGUGCAAAUCCCUGGGGAAGGCCAUCAGCUUCAGAGUGCCUCCAGAGCCCAUGGCUGCAGGAGACAGGUUUGGACAACAGACAGCAGGCACUGGUUACCUUCCCUACCACCAAACUGAGGAAUUUCCUCACCGAACGGGAAAAGAAGAGAGGCCUCUUGUGCUCCAAGUAUGGCCUCAUGAUUGCACAGUGACGUGGAUGUCUCAUUAGAUGUGAAUUGUCUCCCUCUCCCUGUUUGCACUUAGUGUUUGGUACCAAAGAGUCCUGCCAAGUUGUUGUGCAUCAGCUGAGUUGGGUUAACUGCUCUCCAUGGAUGCUGUUUAGCAUAACUGAGCAAAGUAAUCCAUUUUACAUGCAUUACCAAAAGGUAAGAACAAAAAUAUAGACCUAACAUGGCUCAGCUGAGUAACAGUAACUUGACAGUACAUGUGUCACGUGGCUGCACGCUUCCUGGAAUAACCAGGAGUGAUUUCCAUAGCCAUUUCUAAAUGGGACUCGCUACCUGCCCCAAGCAGCUUUGUAUAUCCUUCCUUUAGAUCAGAAAGUCUCCAUGUGUGCAAAUGUUGGCACUAACUUCUGCCCCUGGCCCCAGGACAUGAUAACCAGACACGUUUUAGGAUGUUACCACACUGCUCAUCCCACAGUGACCUCCACAGCAAUGUCUGAGUGACUGGUGGGUUUUCCACCCACCUGCAAUCCAACAGAAUUCAAUGACCAGUUACGAUGGGAAAAUAAGGAAGAGUGAGCAGGUUUUUUGUCUGGUGUUAAACAGCAAUGUACCUUCAGGCUUUGGAACAACUAGAUAAAGGCAUGAGCAACAGGGCCUGAGCCAACUGCUGACUUUGCUUUGAGCAGAAGCUUGGUCUAGACAUCUCCUGAGCUCCCUCUCAGCCUGAUUUGUCCUGUGAUCCCAUGUCUCUGCCAAGUGCCAGACAGAGCCGGAGUGGUGGGACUGUGCUAGCAUCCACCAGCAGCCACAAACAACAUGUCACUUCCCUGGCCAAGUUCUCCACCAUUCCCACAGGGCUUGACCUGAGAUUAAACACGGGGACCGAGGAGAGGUCUCCUAGCUCUGGAGCAACAAGAGGCUGAGGAAGGAGGAAGUAGGUGUUACUUGUGAGACAGUGGAGAUUUUAAGCAGGGCUUUUCACACUCUGUGAGGAAACUCCUUCCUGCCCAAGUCACAAGAAACAGAAGAGCCAGUCUCCAUGAAAGCAGCCUUGAAGCUUGACCCUGUAGCACAAGGUGUAUACAAGGAGGACAGCAACAAUGGGGCUUUCCAGUAACUGGUUAAUUGUACGUCUUCCUCACCCUGCUCCUGCAAGAGGCCACAGCUUGCUUAGAUUUGAGAAGUUAGCUUUCUCUGUGGCGCCCAAGCUGACCCUCCAUAGGCCACUGCACACCCAGUAAGAUUUCUGUUGCACAGGCUUUACUCUUGCUGGUACACUUUGGGAUGGAAAGCUUAGUGCCAGGGGGCAACCCAUCUAAGCAUAAAACUUUAUAGCAGAUUAACUCAUUUGGAGCUUUCACGUUCUUCUGUAUAUGACUCAAACAAAGUGGGUUUUUUUGCUUCUCACAACUGCACGCAUUCGAGCAUGUCUGAAGUCUUUUAUAGACCCAAUACUGUUUGGAUAAAUAAACCAUUCUGAUGAGGAAGUAAA